AUGUCCGCGGAGCGCAACGGCUUUGAGCUGCGGGCCAAGCGCAAAGAACCCCAGUGCGACAGCGAGGAAUCGCUGGAUGAGUUUCUGGAGCACGAACUAGUGUGCUGGCUGAACGAGGACAAGCCGAUCUGUGCGAAGGUAGCGACCCUGCGGCCAGAGCUGUACGGUGAGCUGAACCAUUUGUUUGACGUGGUGAACGAAGCCGACAACCGCUGCGUGGAAGAGAUUCUGCACGAGGCCGAGCUGUUGAUGGAGGACGCCACAGGACUUGACCGGCCGCAUUCGCCAUUCCAGUGGAACGAACCGCUGCCAGAGUUAGACGCUGGCCAGCGAAAAGAUUCGAAUCGGAACCGGACCAUCGACAAGUGCCUGCAGACAAUCAACCCCGGCACACGGACCGUACUGCAAACCGCCACGAUUUUUUCGCCACAAUCGAUCGUACUGGUGCGAAUGCUCGUAACCGUCCGGAUUGUGCACCGGAAGGAUGUACCAGUCAAUGGUGCGGAGAUACGCCGGCUGGUUGUCCCAGUCCUCGAUCAGUUCGUUCGCGAUGUGCUUAACUUCAGUCCGCGUGAUAACACCUCCUCCACCAAGGAUGCAGAUGGGUACGUCCGAACCAAGCAAGGACAUUCUCCGCUACAACGGAUACGUGACCUUGCGCCAGCUGAGCUUGGGCCUACCGUGACAUUGGUCGAUCAACCGCCUGCAAUCAAAAAGAACGCCACACCCCAGCCGGAACCACCGACCAACCCAGCCGGACGUCGGAGCAAACAGGAAGUCCCGAGGAGACAGACUUGCGACAAAUCCACGCAACCAUCGCCGACACACGAGCAACCGGAUCGAUGGUCCAAAGAUCGACAACUCGAGCUGAAGAUCACCGUACUGGAGGACCGAUUAAAGGACACCGAAGAGCGCUAUCAGAGCCUGCGGUUGCAAUACGAUACGCUGUCCCAGGUGCACAGGACAUUGCGCGAUAGUUACGCCACGCUGCAGGAGGAGAGCGAAAUGAUGCAGUUUGAUAUACGCCACCUGACCAGUUGUGCCGAAGUGCUGAGAUCCGAGCUGCAGUCGGCCCGGUGUGAUCGGGAUUCCGCCAUCGAACUGCAGAAGCUGCUGCAAACCGAGCUGGACGAAUCGCGCAAAGACCGCAAAAAACUGCAAGAUGGCAGCGAGAAGGACGUAAAAACCAUACAGGACUUGCAGCGGCAGUGCCGCGAGAUGGAGCGAAUCAUGAUGCGCAAAAAUCCGGACUCCAUAUCGGCGCUGAUAGUUGCCAGUAAAUCACCGACGGGGACACCGCCGGGAACCGAUAGCACCUCGUCCACCUGCCGCGUGCUGGAACAACGCAUCGCCCAGCUGGAAGCGGAUGCCCGGAAACAGGACGCAAAAGCGCAAGGUAUACUAGCCGACGUGCAGGCCCGCUUUAACUCGGUGCAGGCGAAGUACGAGACGCACAUCGCGGAUCUCGAGAUGCAGGUGCUCAGCCUGCAGGAGAUCAACUCGAAGCUAAACGAAAAGAUCAUACGCCAGAUGGAGGAACUGGCCAGCAUCGGUAGCCAUGCGGUUACCGUCGCUGCCACCAGCACUGCUAGCUUCACGCAAACCGACGGCACACCACCGCCGGACGACGUGUCUGAGCGGACACGUAAGAGAGAUCCUGUUAAAAUGCGCUCUAUUUUAGUCCAAACGGAUCCGGCCGGUGGCGAACCGGUGACCACGGUGCGAUCCGCACCGAACGCCAAGCGGGCUCAGGCGCAAAGCAAGGAGGACGCCCAUCUGCUGGCCACAAUCCGUGGCAUGCGCGUUGACCUGGCGAUCAAGGAGAAGGCCGUGCAACGGCUAACGCGUGAGGUUGAGGAGUGUAAGAAAACGAUCAAGAAGCUGCAGAAGAAGAAGGACCCGAUACCGGGCAAAGGCGAUGUCGGACGGUCACCGGCGAGGGUGCGCAGCAAGACGGGAGACACGGCGGAACCGGAUACGGUCGGUUCGCUUCGGGAGGCGCAGUCCCGCGUGAAGGCACUUGAGAUAGAUUACAAGACGCUGCAGGAGAAACGGAUGCAAGAUCUCAAAACCCUUCAAGCCGCCCAUGAAAAGGAGCUGGCGUCGUGCCACGAAUCGAUACGAUUCCUGCAGCAACGGAUGGCAGAAAGCGAGGAGGAGCUACUGCACCGGAAGGAUAAGCAACGGCCGGGUCAUAAUACCGAUUACUACGGACUGAAGGCAAAGCGAAAGCGCACCCUUAAAAGAAUUGUAAGCCCGACGCUGAUUCUUACCAGAAAGUUUUGGCUGUCUGGAACCAUUCCGUCCUGCAAGGAGUUGAUACACCAUUCGGCAUACAAAGCAACUGCAUUAUGGAAUGCUAAAACUUUUACUGAGCUGGCAGUGUUGCACUGA